AUGGUGAGUCCAACUUCAGAGCAAUAUGACAGUUUGCUCCGGCAGAUGUCAGAGAGAAUUGAUGAGGGAUGUGGGGAGACCAUCUAUGUCAUCGGUCAAGGAUCCGAUGGGACUGAAUAUGGUCUGAGUGAGGCAGACAUGGAAGCAUCCUAUGCCACGUUGAAGAGCAUGGCAGAGCAGAUCGAGGCAGACGUGAUCCUCCUGCGGGAACACCAGGAGGCGGGGGGAAAGGUGCGCGACUACCUGGUUCGGAAACGUGUGGGUGACAACGACUUCCUGGAGGUCAGGGUAGCAGUGGUUGGCAAUGUGGAUGCAGGAAAGAGCACAUUGCUGGGUGUCUUGACACAUGGUGAACUAGACAAUGGCCGAGGCUUUGCUCGGCAAAAACUGUUCCGCCAUAAGCAUGAGAUUGAGUCAGGACGCACCAGCAGUGUGGGCAAUGACAUUCUGGGCUUCGACAGUGAGGGCAACGUGGUGAACAAGCCUGACAGCCACGGUGGCAGCUUGGAAUGGACAAAGAUCUGUGAGAAAUCCACCAAGGUCAUUACUUUCAUUGACCUGGCUGGUCACGAGAAGUACCUGAAAACUACUGUCUUUGGCAUGACCGGCCAUUUACCAGACUUCUGCAUGCUUAUGGUUGGCAGUAAUGCUGGGAUUGUUGGAAUGACCAAGGAGCACUUGGGCCUGGCACUUGCACUUAAUGUUCCUGUCUUUGUUGUAGUGACCAAGAUCGACAUGUGCCCUGCCAACAUCCUGCAAGAAACCCUGAAGCUGUUACAGCGACUGCUGAAGUCCCCAGGGUGCAGGAAGAUUCCCGUGCUGGUUCAGAGCAAGGAUGAUGUCAUUGUAACAGCCUCCAACUUCAGCUCAGAGAGGAUGUGCCCCAUUUUCCAGAUUUCCAAUGUCACUGGGGAGAACCUAGAUUUGCUGAAGAUGUUUCUUAAUCUCUUGUCUCCACGGACCAGUUACAGGGAAGAAGAGCCAGCAGAAUUCCAGAUAGAUGAUACUUACUCUGUCCCGGGUGUAGGAACAGUGGUGUCUGGGACAACACUGAGAGGCCUCAUCAAGCUAAAUGACACCCUGCUGCUGGGACCAGAUCCCCUUGGCAACUUCCUACCUAUUGCUGUCAAGUCAAUUCACCGCAAGAGAAUGCCUGUCAAAGAAGUGCGGGGAGGCCAGACUGCUUCCUUUGCUUUGAAAAAGAUCAAGCGUUCUUCCAUCCGGAAAGGCAUGGUAAUGGUGUCACCCCGCCUGAAUCCACAAGCAUCGUGGGAGUUUGAAGCAGAGAUUCUGGUGCUCCAUCACCCCACCACCAUCAGCCCACGAUAUCAGGCCAUGGUGCACUGUGGCAGCAUCCGUCAGACAGCCACGAUUCUCAGCAUGGACAAGGACUGCCUGAGAACAGGGGACAAAGCCACGGUGCACUUCCGCUUCAUCAAAACCCCAGAAUACUUACACAUAGACCAGCGGCUGGUCUUCCGUGAAGGCCGCACCAAAGCUGUGGGUACCAUCACUAAGUUACUCCAGACCACCAAUAACUCCCCAAUGAACUCCAAGCCACAGCAGAUCAAGAUGCAGUCAACUAAGAAGGGAGCCGUUACAAAACGAGAGGAUGGUGUUCCCCCAGCUGGGACAGCAUCUGGGGGCCCACCAGCUGGGGAUGAGGCCCCCUCAACAGCCGCAGCACCACUGACACCUACUGCCCUGCAACCAUUGUCUAAAGUCGGAGGAGGAGGACGGCGACGUGGGGGUCAGCGCCAUAAAGUGAAGUCUCAGGGAGCCUGUGUGACUCCUGCCAGUGGCUGCUGAAUUUCUUACUCCUCCUCCCUCUGAGGAAUUCCUCCCCUUCCCUUCAUUUCUUAUCCAAAAGAUCCAGAGCAGCUUAAACCAAAACCCAUCCAGCUGAUUGGCUGCAGAAGAAUCGUCCCUCCUCUCUGAAGGAAGCAAUGGAGAGGAGAAUAAUUUAUAAGCUAAUGAAGGUGAUGAGACACACAGAACUGAGUAACUGACACCUUCCUCCUCCCCCUAUUGACACGUUUUUGUACAUCAUGGGCUUAGUUUUUAUUCUUAGUUUUUAUUAUAUUUUGUGUGCAUGAAGAUGAGAGGAGAGUCUGGAUAGAACUGCGAAGAGCCAGUUAGCUGCCUCCCUCCUCCCUCACCCCAUUCUGUUCACAGGACUUGCUGCUCUCCUCCUCUUUGCUGUCUCAGAUCCAGGGGUUGUCAAACGAACGCUGGAAAUUUCAGACUUGCAAAGGUUAAAACACAUUGCUUAGGAUGGCUCCACAGGGCAUUGUUUCCUCACCACUGAGGUCCCGUGCCAAAUUUCUGGAUUCUGUUUCUAAGUGGGUUUAAUUUAAUGUUGUAGUGACU